AGAGCGUUGCGGCUGUCAACACAACGCACAUGUCUAUGGCUAUUUUCGAUGCGGCAACCAAUCGAAUGCACAGGCACACACAAAACCGGCCAGUAAAUAUUUACGGAAUGCGAAUGAUUAACUCGUCGAUAUAUAGGUUAAUUUUAAAUUAUUCGCCGUAGCAUAUCGUGUUUGAAAUGAAUUUCGCUUACGCAUCUGAUGAACAUGUCCAAUUUACAUUAAUUGUCAGUGUAUGACCUCUUAUGAUUAGCUGUGACUAAUAUUGUUGGGAUUUUUUUUUUCACAAUGCUACGUUUGGAGUGUAUUUGAUAUGAAAAUGUCACCGCGUGAAUCAAUUUCAUUUGAAACGAUUUAUUUCAAUACGAGAGACUAAGAGAAUGUUCUUUUGAAAAUGUUUCAAAGGACUCAUUGUUCAUGAACCAAGCAAAAAUCGUUCAAACCCCAUGAAUAAGCGACAUAAAGACAGGAUAAGUGCAAAGUGUUUGUUUAGUAAACAAAAUAUGCGUAUAUGCCGAACGGUUUGUCGUCGACAAACACGAAAAUGAUGUGCUCAGCAAAAACCGCCAUUUUUUUCUUCAAAAGUGGCAAGUCUGCAACAUUGGAUACGAGAUCGUUGUGUUCACUUGCAUUGAAUGUCUGCUGAUACCGAUUCGAUUCACUGUGGUAUUCUUUUCUCUGUCCCACUUGUCACACGCUACGUACCAAUCGAGCAGUCCGUUAUGCGGAAUAUUUCGCUGUAAUCUCUCGUUCAUUUCGACGCCAUAUUCCAAAGUGCUCGCAUCUUUUUGCAUUCACGUGUUUUUCGUCGGAGAAAAAUUUCUGUAAAAAUUCAUUUCCACUCAUUAAUCAUAAAAUCAGUGAUACAAUAUACGAAUCAAUUGAGAUUUCAAGCAUUUUUCUGGUGAUUUUUCAUGGAAACAAUCAAUAGUGACAAAAUGAUAUCGAAAAAAAUGCUACCGGUAACCCAUGAAUGUGCAGUUUGCAGCAAAUUCGGCAAUUUUUCAUGUGAACGAUGCGGUGAGACCUACUGUUCAAAGAUGUGUCAAGUGACCGAUUGGCGUGAACAUCGGCGCAUUUGCAUGCCAAUUCCUCGGCUUUUGCAGCGUGAAGUGAAUGGAAACGCGUUUCCGCUCAAUCGAAUGUUGAUGGAUGCAAGUGGACAUGGAUAUGAUGCGACCGACGCGCUUGGCAACAUUUCCGAAAGCUCAGCACCAAGUGAAUCGGCACCAAUGACAAAGGAACAAGUUGCGAAAUUGACCACCAGCUUGAACAAAUUGCAACUGGAAAGUACAUUGAAGUCUCAACGAACGGAUUUGAAGGCAAGUUUAACUGAAGUUGCUGCAGUUUUAAGCACACCACCGGUGACACCGAAAAAGGUGCAACCCGAAAUCGUUCAACCGGUUGCGAACGUUGCGAAAGUCGAUGAAAAUGCCAAUUACAGCGCGCCAAGUGCAGUCAAACCGGUCAAUGUGUCACCAGAAGUGGUAAAGGUUGUUAUACCACCACCGACACCGAAAAAGCCAAAAAACUUCAAUCCUUCGAUGCGCGUGGUUCAAUCAAAGGCUCAAGUCAUUGUGGUACACGUGGAAAAUCACCAAACCAUUUUUGUGGUGCCAAGUUUCGAUGUCAAAGAAUGGAAAGAACUGAUUGAUCGCACAAAUAAGUAUGCCGCCAAAGCACAACCACUGAAAAAUCUACCCGAGGCAGGCCACAUCGUUUUGGCAAAGCCAAAAUCAAGUGACACUUUUUCACGUGCGCUGAUCAAACGCAUUCGUGCACAAGACGAAAUUGCCAAAGUCGAAUUCAUGGAGUAUGGAUUCACCGAAAUUGUGCGCUUCAAUGAAUUGAAAUGUCUGUCCGAGGAAUUGGUGAACGUUCCAAGAUUGAUCAACAUGCUCACAUUGCAAGGCAUUCCAGAUGAAAUGGAAACUGCUCAAGAUGCUAUGAACUUACUGAUCAAAUUGCAGGAGAAUCAAACGGAAUUGAUUAUCAAGCAAUUGGAACCGAUCGAAAAGUCAAAUGUUUCGGCUCACUUCCGUGCAACGCUACUGCACGGAGAAAACUUCAGCUCAAUCAAUGAAACGAUCAAGGAAUUGAACAGCGUUGAAUCGCCAUCGAAGAAGAUGGAAAUCGUCGAGGAGAUUCAACAGCCACAGGCUGCAAAUCGACGGGAAAUCGAGUUCAUUGGCAUUUCUGGUAAGAAUAUGACACUGUAUGUGCUCGACAACAGUUUCAUGCAAAUCGGGUGCUUCAGUGCGGUACAAGAAUCGGAUAUGUCCAUGCUAGCCAAGAACGAUGGCAUUGUCAACCAAAAUGUGAAGGAAAUCGAAGCUGCUGAACCAUUCCAUCCACGGGAUGGUGAAACCUGUUUGGCCCAGAGUGCUGAUGACAAACGCUGGUAUCGUGCAACUGCUCAACAGAAGCUCGAGGGUGAUCGGUACAAUUUGAUUUAUCUGGACUACGGAAACAUGGAAGCGGUUCCAGCCGAUCGAAUCCGUGAAAUGAAAUUGGAUUUCUUCUUCCCGUGCAUCACUUUGCUCUGCUUCAUCGAGGGCGUGAAUGACAAGCUCAGUCCAGCGGUCGUGGAACGGCUGAAGACGCUCAUUCAGCCAUACACAAAAGUCACAUUCGACGAGGUUCAACACAAUGGCGAGGACGCACAAUGCAAAUCCAGCAAAAUCAUCGAUGUUCUGAAAAGCGAAGGCCUAAUUUAGACCAGCAAGAACAAAAACAACAUUUUUUCUCCAACACGAUCAAUCAGAAGUAUCGUCAGAACGAUAUGAACACAAAAAACCAUUUCUUUUCAUUUUCUUUUAUUCAUUUAUUUCAUUUUCAAAAUUUCAAAUAGAAUAAGGCAGAAAGUGCGUUUGAACAUAGAAAAAAUACUGGAUAACUUACGGUAGAAAAAAAAAUUAAAUAUAUCACUAAAGUAAACGCUAAAACAAAUUUGAGAAAAGUAGUUAAACUCAGGUUUUUUUUUGGCCUGACAUGAAAUGAAAAUGUAUAUUCCUGAGCUAAUUUACGAUAAAACUCAUCUAUCAACUAGGUGUAAGCUAAAGUUUGAGCAAAUGGCACAUUGAUAUCAUUCUGUUUCAUUGCUAAAGUAUAGACUAUGGCUUAGAAACAAAAUGGAGUAUGAAAUAGAAAACGAAUUUUUCGUUGAAACGACUGAAUUUGUUAUAAAGACUUAAUUCCAAUUACAUAAUCAUAUCAAAAAAUAAAACUAUGUCAAAUUAAAUCAAAA